AAAAGCCAUCAACCGCCGCCGCUCAUGCCUAUAUUCGACCAGCCAGCCCUACUCAUCAGCCAGUGCCUCUUCCCUUGGAAGCCCUCAAGCACAUUUCCGUCAUCAGAUGCAGCCUACUGCUCACCAAGUGGUUCCUUCGACUGCUGGCGUCUCCAGCCCACCGACACGGCAGCGUCGCUGUUCCACCAUUCUCCUCGACGGCCUGGUCGUUCGGCGCGUGUGCUUCUUUGUCCCCGCCGGAAGAAACGUGGUGGAGAAACAGGCAGCCGGGCAGGAGGGUAUAAACAGAGCGCCAAGCAGUCUAGAAGCGUUCCAAAAUACUGCCUUCCGCUGCUGGGUGUGGGAAUGGUAAGACGACAAGGUGGUCGGCCUUCGUUUGGAUUCAAGGUGGUUUUGAAUGGCGUAGGGUCCGGCAGCACUACGUCAAUGGCGCAACUAUGUCACCUUGCAUACGCCAGCCUAGGACCCCGUAUUCCAAGCUUUGUCUCUCGUACCUGUCCGCAGCAUGUCGCUGCACUCUCUCGAAUUCACAUCGGCAGCGCACACCUCUUGUGCUCGCUCCUCUCCCUUUAUAUCCUUCAGCCCUCGCAUCUUGAUGUUCUUCCAACGACAUGCUUGUACGCCGAUCCCGCCCCUACGUCGUCAUAG